AUGGCUAACGACGGAAGUGGCGGCAAUAACAACAACAAUAGGGACCCAUUACUUCAAUACAUAGCUAGCCCCAGAAUGAAAAAACCGCCUCCGAUUCUCUUCCCCUUACCGGAAGACGGCGAGGUCGCGAUUCCGAUGCCCAUGACCCCGUCGGAGUUCAAAGACCGUUUAAUCUUCGGACCUUUCUCACGCUCGCCGCAAAAUUCGUCUCAAUACAUCGAUUCCCUCGCUCAGAGACACUCACCGUCUUCUUCCGCCGCCGCCGCCGAAACCUUCUCCGAUUCCUCAACCCUAGAUCCUCUCCUCCCGCCACAACCAGAGCCAUGGCUAUCCGACCAAAAUCCGAACCAGUACCACGGCCACGCACUCCACCGAUCCAAAACCGCACCAGCAAUGGCCGUAAUCAACGAUCUCCACCACCCAAUUAGCCACCAGAAAGAUCUCGACUCGUCGCGCUCCGUCGUAAAACAAGCUUUCGCGCUUCUCUUAGUCUACCUCUCCUUAGGCGUGCUUAUCUACUGGCUGAAUCGUGACCACUACGUAGUGAAUCAAACCCAUCCCGUCGUCGACGGAUUAUACUUCUGCAUCGUCACAAUGUGCACGAUUGGUUACGGAGACAUCACUCCCAACAGCGCGGUGACGAAGCUCUUCUCGAUCAUGUUCGUGCUCGUUGGGUUCGGGUUCAUCGACAUCUUGCUUAGUGGGAUGGUCUCUUACGUUCUUGAUCUCCAGGAGAGCUACAUGUUGGACUCCGCUAAGCGGAGAGACGAGCCUGAUAAGAGGAGGUCGUAUAUAAUCGAUGUGAAGAAAGGGAGGAUGAGGAUUAGGUUGAAAGUGGCUCUGGCGUUGGGUGUUGUGGUUUUGUGUAUUGCGGUUGGUGUUGGGAUUAUGCAUUUCAUUGAGAAGAUUGACUGGCUUGACUCGUUUUACCUCUCGGUUAUGUCGGUUACGACCGUUGGGUAUGGUGAUCGGGCGUUUAAGACGUUGCCUGGGAGGCUUUUCGCUGCGAUUUGGUUGCUUGUGUCUACGUUAGCCGUGGCUCGGGCGUUCCUGUACUUGGCUGAGGCGAGAGUUGAUAAGAGGAAUAGGGAGCGAGCGAAGAAGGUGCUGUGUGAGACCAUGUCUGUCUCUCAGUUCUUUGCUGCAGAUAUCGAUAACAAUGGCUGUGUGAGUAAAGCGGAGUAUGUGAUUUACAAAUUGAAGGAGAUGGGGAAGAUAACCGAUAAGGACAUAAAUCCAAUCUCGAAACAGUUUGACAAACUCGACAGAUGCAGCAAUGGAAAGAUUACUCUUGUAGAUCUCUUGGAUAGUGGCAGUGGCGAUUGA